AUGGCCAACAAUUACAGUUUCUUGUGUCUUUUAGGAGCCAUAGAUCGUCUAUGGUUUCACCAUACCAUUCUUUUCUCCGAGCCCAUGUCAUUAUUUGGCCCCAAAAGUACCAUUGAAGAUCAAACACCUCAGGACUCAAUCAUCACAGAUUCUUUUACAUACCCAUCAUCCAGCGUCUCCUUCACACCUCUAGCAGAUGAAGAAAUAGGUUUCUCACCUCUUUUGUAUGAAGAAAACUCAUCAGAUUCACCACAAACCGCUACUCCACAGGAUGAUUCCAACAAUGAAGAGGAGGAUGAGACCAACUCGACAGAUUCAAUCAACCCGAAAAAGAAGAAGAAAAUCAGACCAACAAGAUUAAACCUGCUGGCCAACAGAAUGUUAAAACGCUCUCAUUCAUCUGAUCAGCAAAAACGUCCCGAGAAAAACAGAACACGCUCAUCAGCAUCAGCAACAUCAUCACCAGGCUAUGCUGCAGCAGAAGCAGCAGCGAGAAAGCUACAAAAAUCCAUGAGCUGCAGGAGCUUGGGGGAGCUGGAGCUCGAAGAAGUUAAAGGGUUCAUGGAUUUAGGCUUCACGUUCAAGAGAGAACACUUGAGCCCGAGAAUGAUGAGCUUAGUGCCUGGCCUGCAGAGGCUCGGAAUGUCCAAUAAUAAGAAGUUACAGAACGGUGAAGAUGAUGAUGAUUCUGUGGAAGUGGCAGCUGAAAAAGAUGAAGAUGGUGAGAGAGAAGUUGAAGUGACGAGGCCAUAUUUAUCAGAGGCAUGGCUGAUAAAGCGACCCGAUUCACCGCUGCUAAAUCUGAGGCUGCCAAGAGUCUCUGCAGCUGCGGAUAUGAAGAAACAUCUGAAGUUUUGGGCUAGAACUGUUGCUUCAGAAAUUCACCAGGAAUCUUAA